UUGCCAUACCUGUGUCAAAAAAGGGCUUGCGCAUUAAAUUUCCAAAUAAUGAAAUUAGAGGGGGAAAGGAAGGGGUUUUUAGAAAUGGCGGACGUGUGUAGUGGUCAAAGUGUAAUGGAAUCGCAAAUAGAAAUGCAAAACAAUGCAGUCGAUCGAUUAAAAAAACUUUAUCCAGCAGUAAAUGAAGAUAAAACUCCUCUUCCUAGGGCAUGGAGUACCAAGGAUAAAUAUACCUAUAUAGGACUGUCCCAAAACAAUUUGCGUGUGCACUAUAAAGGUCAUGGAAAAACCCAUAAAGAUGCUGCUAGUGUACAAGCUACUCAUCCCAUCCCAGCUUCAUGUGGUUUGUACUAUUUUGAAGUGAAGAUUGUCAGUAAAGGCAGAGAUGGUUACAUGGGUAUUGGAUUAUCUGCUCAGGGGGUCAAUAUGAAUCGUUUACCAGGUUGGGAUAAACAAUCAUAUGGAUAUCAUGGAGAUGAUGGUCACUCCUUUUGUUCAUCGGGAACGGGACAACCUUAUGGCCCCACUUUUACCACUGGAGAUGUUAUUGGCUGUGGAGUAAACUUGAUAGAUAAUACUUGUUUUUACACAAAAAACGGACAUCACCUUGGUACUGCCUUUAGAGAUCUUCCGCCUAAUCUAUAUCCGACCGUUGGCUUACAAACCCCCGGUGAAGUGGUCGAUGCAAAUUUUGGUCAGGAACCUUUUGUUUUUGAUAUCGAAGACAUGAUGAGGGAACUCAGAUCUCGAACUAGAACCGAAAUAAAUGAUUUUAUUGUGCCAGAAAGCCAAGGAGAAUGGCAGGCCAUAUUAAAUAAGAUGGUAUCUACAUAUUUAAUACACCACGGUUAUUGCAAUACAGCAGAGGCAUUCGCCCACAUAACUGAACAGCCAUUUAAUGAAGAUAUAGGAUCGAUUAAAAACAGGCAAAAAAUAUUGAAGUUGGUGCUGGCAGGCCGAAUGGGCGAGGCAAUUGAAAAAACGACUAGACUGUAUCCAGGUCUUCUAGAAAAUAACCAAAAUUUAUUAUUUAUGCUCAAAUGUCGUCAGUUUGUCGAAAUGGUGAAUGGUUCGGACAUAGAAAUAUGUCACAAGAAAAGUAAUGUAGGUGGAUUUUCACCUGUACAAAUGUCCGUCAUUCAGUCUACAAAAUGUUUAAAAAAUAAAAGUGGAUCACAAGAUUCUGUGGAAGAAAUGAAUAGAAAUAACACUGCCAGGAACGGUAACAACUGUACCAAUGAAUCACAAUUAAUCAAUACAGAAGAUUGUGAAAUGGAAGAAAUGGAUGCUUCUGACGAAAUUCAGAACGGACAUGGAGAUACUUGUAUCAAUGGCAAAUCUAGUAAUAAUGGAUAUCAAAAUGGUAGUAGUAGUAAUAGUAAUAUUGAUGACACCGGAGAAACAACACUCGCUACAUGCUGUGAUAAUGAAGAAGAAGAUAUGGAUGUAGAUGUACCGUGCCGUAAAAAUAAUACAAAACAGUCUGUAGAAAGGAUAUUAGAAUUUGGCAGAGAAUUAUACAGUAUGAGCCAAAGGUUAAAAGCCGAUAAAAAUAGUAAAAUCAACGAAAAAAUGCUAGAAGACGCGUUUAGUUUAUUAGCAUAUUCAAAUCCAUGGGCCAGCCCUGUUGGUUGGCAGUUAGAACCUACACAGAGGGAAUCCGUAUGUGCAUCUUUAAAUUCUGCAAUUUUAGAAUCAAAUAAUAAACCAAGGAAACCUCCGCUAGAGAUCGCGAUGGCGCAUGCCCAGGAGUUGGUACGUUUGAUGUCGUCAUCGGGGCUCGGUUCAUGUGCCUUCGCAUCUCUCGUCGACAUACUCGAUCAGUGAUGGCAGUUUUUUUACCUUAACCACUCCGAGCAAACGCAGGUGACGUACUUUAUCCCGCAACAAAUAGUCCAGAAUAAGGGGCGAAUACAAGUUCGCGGUAAUUCGUUUGCCGCAAGAAGAAUAGGUACUUACUCCUCAAUUUUUUUUGUGAAGUUUUAAUGUCGUGUAUUUAAACGAAGUGUAUUUAUGGAAGAGGCAGUGGACCCAUCGAAAAAAAAAAAAAAUUAGUGGGUUAUUCAGAACAUCCUCAAAUCUACGAUAUUUUUUAUAUAUUACUAUGACUAUUUCUACUAUAGAUUUUGGUAUACUUAAAUUAAAAAGAUACACACUUAUAAAACUGCUUUUUUAACCCAUUAGCGCCCGAAAUUAUUUUUUUUUUUUUUUCAUUUAUAUAUUUACUGGUCUAUUAGAGUAUUAACAAUAAAAAUAAUACUCAAAAAAAUUGAAUUUAUUAGAUGCCACCGCAUGGUACCACUGGGCUGUCAAGAUACAAUGAAUUAACACAAAAGCACAUCUUUAUAUCUUUGAAAAUGAAAAUGAAAACUUUUCUAUUUUUAUUUCGCGUUUCAAGCAAAAUUUCUUUUAUGUAGGUGCCACUGUUGUUUCUCAUCGCUUCUCCUUGUUUUCCUCGACACCAUUCUACUCUUCCAUUAAGGUCCCCCAUGUUAUAAUACUGUUGUCACUUCUAUCCAUUUCCGUUUAUAAAAUAAUUAUUCAUGAUUUUUUUUUAUUGAUUUUGAUGAUUUUACUUUCGGUAUUUAGGUAUUUAUUCUUUCAGGUCUUUGACCUCCAAACAAUAUACUACAACUAGUGACCAUGAAGUUUCCAUUUCCGUUUAUAAAAUAAUUAUUCAUGAAUUUUUUGAUAAAAUAAGAUUUUCAGUCUGUACUAGCCCAACGGUUCACACUGGGGCAAAACACCAAAUUAAUGAACAUUGUAGUUUCAUGGCCGUAAGAAAAAAAGUUAAACAUCCAUAAUUUUAACAAGGAAACGGUUUCUGUAUACAAAUUUCAAUUUUGAUGUUUGGGGUGGCCUAGAAGAGACUUAAUUGGAAUCGUAAAUUGAUUCUACACCCUAUUUCUAGCAACUUUUAUUCGGAGCAAACGUAUAAAAUGGUUGCAGGGUUUUACGGCAAACCAAAACCCCUCUUUUUAAAUAUAAAAGUAGUAGGUACCCUUAAAUUCAAAAUAAAUUUUUUUCGCACAUAGGAUCUCCUUUUUCUUAGGAAUAUUUUCGAAUCUAAGAUCGUGAAUCCAUUGUCCAUAUGCCCGGUUAUAAUCUUUGAAAUCUAUAUGUGGAAAAAUUAAUAACUUCGUGUUCUUAUUGCUAUUAAUGCUCAUCCGAUACUGAAUUUUAUUGACUUUAUUGACUUUUGUUUUUACAAUUUAUUAAGCUCAAGAACAACUAUAAUAUGUUCAUAAAGUAUAAACAAACAUUAAAAAAAAAGAAACUGGAAUUUAUAGGGACAAUAUUUGAGAAAAGAGCUGCAAGGAAAAACUGCGACCUGCAAGUAAUUAUCAAUGGAAAGUAAACUAUAAACCUUGUAGUUAAUUUCUGUGGUAGUAGAUUUCGUUAUGAUUUUUUUUUUAUGUUUUUCAUUAAAAAGAAUCCAUAAUAUUUCAAGCUGCAUAAACUUAAAGUUAAAUUAUCGUUAUAAAGAUACAUUUUCCAUGAACGAACGUUUUAAUAAGAUAUCUUAAGGCAGAAAUAUUCAAUUAAAAAAACUAACGAUCGACAAUGAAAAUAGAAACCAAAAAGAACAGUUUAACCAAAAAAAUAUGGGGAAAAUCGAAAUUUCAUAUAUCGGUCCACCAAAUGCAUAUGUUCGCCCCACCUUGUGGCGUCUGUUGCAUUGAGCAUACCAUCAAAGUGAACAGCUGGAAGAAGAGUCCUAGAAGUUUUUAAAGCUUCGCCGUAACGAGCUUGAUAUACCUAUACUAACUUUGAAUUGUAAAUUUGUUGCUUUAGUACCCAACAGUUGCUUAGUGCAACAUCUAAUAUCCAUGUAAAUAUAUUCCAAUACCACUUUUUGCUUCUUAUACCAACCCGGUAAUUGGAAAAAAUGCACAUAAAAACAGUCUUAUCCAUAUUUUGAUGAUGUUUGACGAGAAACCCCUGCAUCUGUAGACGCCGUGGUGAGAACAAAAUUAUCUAGCCAUUUAAAUAAAGGUAAUCCAGAUUAUUUUACCAAAACGUGCUGAUAUUUUUUUUUUUGGAAAAAGUUUUUAUCAAGUAAUUGGUAUGAUUUCUGAAUCUGGUUUUCCAUUAUGGUUCAUAGAGCAACAUACUAUAACAAUUGUAGUUAACUAAAUAGGUAAAACCCUGUAAACAUGAAUAUUGUAGAGUGAAUGUAUAUGACAUAAUUUUUUAAUCAUUACCACUAAUGAAAAUGCCUCCAUGAGGAUUUUAACCCAAAAUUGACGAGGUAAACAUCUGUUAAGUUCAAAGACCACAUUUUAUAGCCAAAUCUAAUCGUCUUACCACGGAUGAACUGCUUUCAUCCGUGGCAGGCAUUCAUUAGAGGACGAAUCGUUCUCGCUUUAUCUAAAGAAUCUAUUUUAGUAUUACUUGCCAAAUAGAGAAACCUUUGAAUCUGUAAAAAACGAUUUUGUCUCAUAGAGUCUUCUGCAAGAGUUCUUCCUGUACCUUCUUGAUUCUUUACCUUUACGGUUUCUGAUCAAUUAUCUAUUUGAAUAUCAAUAUCAAUUUUCUAUCAAUUCUUCGUUUUUUCCUUGCAUCUCUUUUGUUUCCUUUUACUGGCACUCUUUUUUUUCUAAAUUCUGUUCUAAUCUCUCUUCCUUUUUGUAUUAUUCAUUUCAAAUUCCACAGUAGGUCUGUUUUUUUGUUAUUACCCUUGACCUAUAAAUUUAGCAUAGUCAUUUUCACCGGUCGUAUCAACUUGUAGUGUAGUUUUUCCAUGUCCUUUAUAAUCGUCCUCCUUUUCAGACUGUCAAAUGCUUAUUUGAAGUCGAUGAAAAGCAUUUGCAUAUUAAUGUAGUGUUAAUAGCUAUUUUCGAUCACUUGUUUUAUAGUAUGUAUCGCAUCUACUGCUGAUUUUCUUUGACUAAAAUCUUUUUGAUAUGCCCCUAUUCCAGUCUUCCAUUUAUUAAUGUUGUUAGUACUUUGUAUAGGGUAAUAAGCAAACUAAUACCUCUAUAAUUGGGUUUGCUCCCGUCAUUGUUGGUAUAAUCAAUCCAGUAAACCACUUUCUCGGCAUUGCUUCUGUUUCCCAUACUUUUUCUAUGAUCUUGAAUGUUUUGUGUCUUAGGUUAUCUCCACUAUAUUUUAUUAGUUCAUUCACUAUUUCGUCUGCUUCUCCUUUUUUAUUGUUACACAAAUAUGCUACAAUUUAAACAGUGACAUUGUAAUUGCUUAUUCUAGAAAUAUGAUUCACUUUUUUUGAAACACUUACAUUUUAAGAAACUUCUUGUAAAUGUUUCUAUCGAUAGCAACAACAAUUCGAUGAAAGUAUUUUUACUAAUUGUUACAAAUUCGAGAAAACUGUAUUGCAUCCCAUCACAGACUGAACUGGUUUAAAACAAAACUAUUCUCACACCUUGACACGACAAUAACUGACUAAAUGUCGCGCUUUAAAAAAAAAGAAGUUAAGCUGUCACACCCUGUAUUUAAUACUGCAUCUUAACUCCUUUAGGUUUUCAAAUUUCACAGAUUUUUGUUGUUGUGUUUCUAUCAAUUAAAUUGAAUUUUAGUUGCUUUAGAAGGGCUCAAAGCUUUUAUUUUUUUAUUAAUUAAAUUGAGGUAUGUAUCUUUUAUAAUUUAAAUAAAUUAACCAAUAUCUAUAUAUUACAAUAAUUAAUGUGUAUUCAUUUAUUUCUAAAUUUUUAUUAAAUUAUAGAACAGUCUAAAAUACUACUAAGAAGAUUUUUGUUUUCAUAUUUGAUCAAAUUUAAAUCCUGUGUGCUACUGAAACAGUCAAAAUUAUAAUUAAAAAUAAAUAUACAACGUGUUUCAUAAAUAAUAUAGAAUAUUGUAGUAGACGCCUCGUUACUCUAUUUUAAAACGAAACGUUCUUAUAAAUAUGUGUGAUAAAUAUUGUAGUUAAUGAUAUACUUAACCUAACCUCAAUCCAAAAUGCAAGCGGUUCAAAGAUACCAGGGUUGUUACAACAACCUUGUAUGAUACAAACAGGCUGGUAAAAUUACUUUGAUAACUUACUUGAAUUAAAUUUACUCAACAGAUUUUAAUAAAAUAAUUUGCUCAAACACACUGUCGCUUAUCUUUCUCCUAUUUGAUCUCAUAAUCAAGCCACCCUAAAAAAAAGUCUUUCUACAGAGCUAGGCAAGCAGGUGUCAUAUUUCAAGAAUAACAUCUUUACUGUAGGAUAUUUAUUUAAUGAUUGCAGGCUGACAUCAUCAUCCUUAAAAUAUUGUAAUGAUUAAUAGUGGUGUUUGCAUUUGCACUAUCACUAGCUAGUGAGGAAUCGGACUAAUCAUAGAACAUUUAAUAGGAUUCAACUUUAUGAUCGUUUUUAAGUUUUCUCUCUUCUACAAGGAACAUUUCCAUAAUAUGUUUGCUAUUUCCUUUUGGCAUCCAUUUUAAUUUAAAAAAAGGAUAUGACACCGAUGCCAAAAUUGCAUCUUUACAUUUAUUAUCCUUCAAAUCAUGAAAUUUUCCGAACCUAAUUUCUAAGUUUUUUUAAUGUUUCUAUCAGUACUUAACAGUAUAUGGGAUUCCAUUUGUAAUGAAUGCAAGAUUUUUUGUAUCCCCAUUAACUCAGGUAGCAGGCAUCCAUAAAAUAUUUCUUUAUCUAUCUCUAAGCUUUUGAUACCGUCUGCUAUGGGUUUUGUAUAGUUGGUAUAUUCAAUCCUAGUUGUCUUAAGGUUUCAUUUAAAGUUUUCUGAACCUUCAAAAGAUCCAUAAUACAUUUAUAAUAUGAAUUCCAUCUUGUUGGAGAUAUCCCGGUAGUUUCAAAAUAUAUUUCAGACGCUUUGGGGGAUCUGGAGCACAAAUUCCAAAUUGCUUGACAUAUAGCCAUAGUUGCAUCAUACAGCUUUUUAUAUUUUUCUGAGAUUCAAGAAAUUCCUUUAAGAGGAAUGUCUCAUCGUCGUCAUGUUCAUCAUUAUUAUCAUUGUCGUCAUCAUUUUUAAUUACUGAAAUGUUUUUUACAUCAGAUGACGAGGAAAAAAUUCCAUCAGUAGCGUCCAUUUCUAAAUCAGAUUUUUCAUAAAUUUUAAAUGCUUUUAACAUAUUUCAGCGAUUAUCAGUUACAGUUUUUGUUAUUUUUGUUACCCUCAAAAUGAUACUCUGAUGUAUAUGUCAAUAAUCAGUUCUGCCACUUUGUCGAAGGUAUGAGUUCCUUUAAAUCUUCUACAAGCUAUUUCUUUCAAAUGUUUGAAGAUCAAUCCAAUGAACAGUCGUACCUGUAUAACUUCUCUUUGAUAAUGACCAAUAGUUUUUAAUUUUAUUUUUAGAUUUUUCUUAUAUUCUGAGCACAUAUCAGCAAUUCUCUUGUUACAUGUGCGACGGCACAUAAAUUUUGGUGGGUUUUGUAGUUUUUGACCCUUCAAUUAGGGUCCUAAAUGAUUUAUUUUCGACAAUAGAUAUUGGUGACAUUGUAUCAAUUAUGAAAUCUAUAACCAACUUGUCUAAAUUAAUUUUAUACUGGCAAAGAGUGCUUUGUAUCAGUUUCUUAGAGUAUUUGCACUAGUUUCAUCAUUGUGUGUGCCAAUUUUUUUCUUUUUGGAGGUUCUGGCUUGGGAUUUCAAAUUUUCAUACUCUGUCAAUAGAUCACCAUGAUCUUCACAAGAACCAGAGUCAGCUAUUGCAAUUUGUUUAUUUAUAUACACCAAUUAUCUAUGUAUUACAAGACUAAGACUAUGUAACAAAUAAAUUGGAAAUAAAAUUAACAUGUUACUUUUAUAUGAUUUAAAAAAAUUUGUAGUCGAAAUUGUUUCAUGACCUUGGCAGGUACAGUUUUACCUUUCUUGCUAAUGUCCUCAUAUCCAGCUAACUUUUCUUUACGUACACUGCAAAUCCAGGCAUCUGGUUUUUUCACUCUUUUUCUUCACUAGAUGUUUUAUUUGUAACUUUUCUGAAAGAUUUCUUGUGACUGUCACCAGGAGAUCCUACAUCUGAUUCAUCAUCAAUUGUAAGGUAUAAGUCUUUCUCCAGAUCACUAGUUGUUACAUAGUUCAAUUUUUUCUUCGCCUUAUUUGAAGUAGAGGUCUUACAAAUAUCGGCAUAUGAGGAACUUGAAUUACCGUCCGAUAUAUGUUUGUCCUCAUCAGGAUAUAUCCUCUCCAAGAUUAUUUAACCAAAUAAUAAUGAUUUGUGACAUAAGAAGAUAGGUGUAAUUGAGAAGCCACAUUUAGUUAGGGAUACAAUAAUAUAUUACGGUUAAAACAGUAAAAACCUUAACUGACCUUUGUUUUAGUUUAAAUUCUCAUCAUUUGACUGAAGUAAACUUAGUAUCUUGAUUGCCCUAGAAGUAAAAUGUUCCAUAUUUGUUUGUCUAAUAAUCAAAACACUUUUAUAAUUAUUACAUCACUCUUGUAAUAAUUAAUAACAGGAAAAUUAACAGAAUAAACAGUCCUAGUAAACUUCACAACACAAGAAGGUUAUAAAGUUAUUAUUUUGUCUAUGAUACAAGCAGUAGUACAUGUCCUAUCCACCAAGAGUGUGACAGAGAGGAAUUCGACGCUAAGUCCACUUGGUGCCUUUCACCUCUCUUACAAAUGGUCAUGGAGUUUUCUUUUUAAAUCUCUUAUCUUCGUUAUUUAUGGGACUAGGACGUAGUGAUAAAAAAUCAACAUUAAGGACUUGGUCAGUAUUAGUAAAGGCAGUAAUAAACAAAAAAUCCACGUGAUAAAAAAUUCUUAUUCGUUUUUUGCUUUAGUUUUUAGGUUAGAUCCAACAUUAUGACAAAAAAAAACGUGGAAUAAGCAUGUUUUCUCGUAUUAUUUCUAGUAGCGUCACAAGAAAAAAUGAAUUUCAUUUAUAUGUCCUUUACAAUUCAACAUCCUGUAUCUCAUUAAUGAUUAGAUUUAUCACACAUGUUUAUAGGAACUUUUCGUUUUAAAAUGAAGUAACGAAACGCUCACUACAAUAUUUUUGUUUGAUGGAAAUUGAAAACACUCUGUUUCUUCCUUAAUAAUUUUGUUUUUUGACUUAUGGACUGCGGUUUUUUUUACUGACAUGGUUAUAAAAAGCAAUUUAAAAAAAAAUGGGCUCGACAGUUUGCAAAUAUGUAAAUUUAAAAUGAGUGUAUAUAUAUACGAUGGUUUUUUUAUAUUUAGUUUUAAUUUAUACGUUGAUGGUUGAAAUUAUAUACUAAUAUUGAAUAUUAUAAUUGUAUUUUUUAAAUAUUUUAAUUUUUAAUAUCAUCAGCCUGUGACGACGUUGACUAAAAAUAUUGCAAAAAAUUUCUGUUCUUCAUUCAAGAAUUUUUUAUAAGAUUUGAAUAAACGUAUUUUUUGGGUAAAUAAAUGAUUAUAAAUA